AUGGACGAACGCAUAGUUAAUUGGCUGAACAACAGUGAUUUUGAAUUUGAUACAGAUGAGAGUGAGGAUGAGGUCGAUGAUUCCGAUAUUGAUCCAGAUUAUUUCCCAAACCAUCAGCCUAAUGAAGAACAAAAUAUAGGGAAUUGUGACGAUGAUAUUGAAAAUUAUGUCGACGAAAAUGCUCAACUCAUAGCUGAUGAAUUCGAAGAUGAUGUUAAUGUCAAUACGCCAAACAAUGAAAUUACAUGGGGACCAGUAACUGGUAAUCUAAAUACAAUAGCUUACAACCCACUUAAUUUAGACGUUGGUAUUAAUCCUGAUAUUAUUUAUUCUAUGGAAGAUUGCGCUCCAAUAGAUUUUUAUACCUUAUUUUUUGAUGAAAAUGUACUAGAUUUUCUAGUUUCUGAGACCAAUCGUUAUGCACACCAAAUAAUAAAUUCACGUAGAUUAUCAAAAUGUUCUCGUUUGAAAAAAUGGACUCCUAUUGACCGUACUGAGAUGAGAAACUUUUUAGGACUUAUUGUAUGGAUGGGAUUAGUGAAUAUGCCAAGUUUAAGAGAUUAUUGGAGAACAGACUUCCUUUAUAAAACUAGAGUGCCAGAAGUAAUGAGUCGUAACAGAUUUGAGUUGAUUCUAGGAAUGUUUCAUUGUGGAAAUAAUGAAAUAAUUGAGCAUGAUAGGCUAAAUAAAGUACAACACCUAGUUGAUAUGUUAGUAGCCAAUUUCAAUAAAUGGUACAUUCCUGAAGACAAAGUGUGUAUAGACGAAAGUGUGGUUCCUUUUAUAGGACGAUUAGUUUUUAGACAAUACCUUAAGAACAAAAAACAUCGUUAUGGAAUUAAAAUAUUCAAAUUAUGUUCGAAAGAUUUUUAUACUUUGCGUUAUAACAUUUAUGCUGGGAAAGAAGUAGUGAGAGAAAAUGACGUAUCUUACAAAAUUGUAUUAAAGUUAAUGGAGCCAUAUCUUAACUUUGGACGAACCUUGUAUACUGACAAUUGGUAUUCGAGUGUUAAGUUAGCUGAAAAACUUAACCUAGAAAAUACACAUUUGGUGGGAACUCUUAGGGCCAAUCGUAAGAAUAACCCGGAAAAUGUAGUUAAAAAAAAAUUAAAAAAAGGAGAGGUAAUUGCUUCACAGAGCAACAACAACGUAGUUAUUCUUAAAUGGCGGGAUAAACGUGACAUUUUAUUAAUCACAACCAAACACUCUGACCAAAUCAUAGAAAUACAAAAAAGGGACAAGAUAAUAAAAAAGCCACUCGUUGUCGAAGAUUAUAAUACAGGAAAAUCGUACAUAGACCGUUCUGAUCAAAUGUCAUCUUACAGUUCACCUUUGAAAAAGACUAUUAAAUGGUAUAAAAAAGUAGCAUUUGAUAUUCUUCUAUCCACAGCAUUGGUCAAUGCAUUAUCAUUAUUUAAGUCUGUAACCAAAAAUAAAUCCAUAACAAUAACUACUUUCAAAGAAGAAAUUAUCAAGCAGCUACUAUACAAACCAAAUGUUCCUCAACCUAUUUCACCAGGCUUAAAACACUUACUAGUUACAACACGACAAAAAAGAAUGUGUAAGCUGUGUUAUGCGCAGAAGUCGGAAAAUCUUGGUAGAUUAGAAGCUCAAAAUAAAACAAGAAAA